UCGGUCAUAACUUGUUUUUCUUUCUCUCUCUUUCAGAACCCAUUUUCAAGCAAAGCAGAAAACCGAGAUAUUUUUAGGUUUUAGGUGAAAACCUGAAAUCAAACUAUUUAUCUCUUCACGAUAAUAUCCUAAUCGAGAUCUUCUAAGUCUUUACUUUCUCUCCCAGUCUCUCUUUCAAAACUAAUCUUUUUAAACUGAGAAUAAUCAAGAAAUCAUAGGUGAUUUCGGCCGGAGAAACCGAAAAUCAAAACCCUUUCUUUGAAAGUAUGAUAUCCUAAUCGAAACCCAUAUACCAGAUAUCUAGAUCUAUCGUGUAGUAGCUUGAAUUCAUUGGAAACCCUAGAAAAUCUAUUUUGUUCCUCAAAUCAAAAGCAAAUCAUCAAUCUGAUAUGUUUCCGUGGUUUUAUUACCCAACAGUUGGUUGAUUCUGACAUACUUUAUCAUCAGAUUUGGCUGCUUUGUUGUAUUGGGUGAAGAUUUUGUUAAUGGAUGUUGGCUUUGAUGGUGAAGCUGGUGGUUUUGCAUCUGUUGAUGUUAUGGGUGUCUGUUGGUGUUUCUCUUAUGUACUCGUAGUGUUGAAUUUUUCAGAUCUGGAGACACGUGCAGAAGUAUUUUCAAAAGCUUCUGAAGAAUGGAACCAGUGAACAUUUACCACCUCCAAUGCCAAAACGAAAAGCAGUUCAACCAUACCCACAGAAAGCAGCAAAAAUGGUUGAGUGAUUGUUUCCUAUUAGUCUUUGUAAAGCUUACUAGACUGCAAAAUGAUUUGUCCCACUAAUAUUUCGUUAAAUUGGAAGUUCCGAUGCUACCACAAACCACAGGGGUGUGUCAAUCAUCUUCAAAUCUGUUAGACAUCCAUCUUCGUUGCUUAAAACAGGACCUUCAGUGUCUUCAUAGCCUCAGUUAUCCAGUGAUGGAAUUCUGUUAUUGCAAGCUCUUUCUGAAUUCUUAAAUUACUUAGUUCGGGGUUCUAAUUUUUGAAAUGUUGUGUUGUUCUCAGAUGAUACGGAAUCUAUACAAGGUUGGUAUUAUCGAAUAAUUGUUACGGGUUACGGUAGCAGCAAUAAUAACACUUCGAGUUCAUACCCACCUUGUGAAACUAGGGGUUGAGGGAAUCAUGUCCCUCCAUUGCGAGGUGAAUCUCUCAUGUGUUUGACUUGGAGUGUUGUGUAUAAAAAUCUGAGUAAAAUGAAACAGCUGGUAUUGGUUUUUUGUUUUUUGUUGAUCCAGCUAUACUGGAUUUCGCCCAAGUCUACAGCUUUAUUGGCAGUGUAUUUGACCCUAGCACAAGUAAUUACCUGCAGAAACUUAAGGAGAUGAAUCCAACGACAUGGAUGCAAUUUGCCUUAUGAAACCCUAUCUUGUCCUAAGAUUCAUUUUUGCAUUUAGCAGAUGCUCAAAGUCGGCAAUAAGCUGUUUUGUUUCGUACCUCAUUCAGGUGUUCUUCUUGAUAAGGAAACUCUCUAUGAAUCUGUCUAUUCCUGAUUUUGAAGAUUAAGUAAGUGCCCUUUUAUUUCCUCGGAUCCUUCUUCUUUUGGUUGGUCUGGAGGCAUCCUUUGUUGUACGCGUAUAGUUUACAGAGGCUUUCUUAAUGCUUUGAAUUUUGUUUGAUUACUCUUGCGGAGGAGAUUGCUUUCAUCUUAUUAUGUUGACUCCGGUAAGGCUCAACAAGAUACUGAAGUGUCAUUCAUAAACGAUAAUGAGUCCAAGAAUCCAAGAGGUAGAUAGAUUGAGUGAGUUGGAGAUAGAGAGUGGUCAGGUUGUUGUAGUGACCUGCAUAAGGACGGAGCUAUACAACCAUAAGUUGAGAUUACUUCUUGGUGUCCGAUAACUGAUUUUCUGGCUGAGCAAAUGUUGUUCAGGUCCCUGUUUUUAUAGCUUAAAUAACACCUAAGAAUCUACGGGGAGCAUCAACUACAGUUAAUCAGUUGGUGAUAUGCAUUGGCGCAUCUCUACCUUCCUAUUUGGAACAAUGGUCAAAUGGCGCACUAUAGCACUAAUCGGGCUCAUCUUCAUUCCUGAAUCUCCUAGAUGGCUGGAAAAAGUUGGUAAACUGGAAGCCUUUGAAUACUCUCUUCGACGUCUUCGGGGCAACAACGCCAAUAUAUCUGAAGAAGCUGAAGAAAUCAGAGGUUAUACCGAGACCAUCCAGCGACUACCAAAAGCCAAAACCUUGGACUUAUUUCAGAGAAAAUAUGCGCAUUCGCUCAUUGUUGGAGUUGGAUUAAUGGUCCUAAAACAAUUUGGAGGUGUUAAUGGAAUUGCAUUUUACGCGAGUUCAAUUUUCGUUUCGGCAGGAUUUUCUUCGGGUAAUGUUGGAACUAUAGCAAUGGUUGCAGUUCAGAUAUCCAUGCAAACAUUAGGUGUACUUUUAAUGGAUAAAUCCGGGAGAAGGCCACUCCUUACGGAUUGUCGUUUCCCAUCCAAUAGAGUUGUUGACCGCUGGGAGCAAUCAGUCAAAAAUGUUCUUACAUGAAGAGUGUCAUAACUUGGGCGGAAUCAGCAUAGAGGAGAUACAUCGACUCGUUUAUGCUCGAGUGCUAGCUUCUCAUGUUUUAACUUGGCAACAUGCCUUACUAAUGGCCCUUAGCAUCUCAUCCAUUCAAAUUGCUCCAGUCUAUUUGAUGUCAUGCAUGAAGCAAGGAAUGGGAUUGCUGGAGAUUUUAUUGUACAAGCAACCUGUACAACACAACCGAUAACAAAUACAACUAACCUUCAUCUUAAAUGAUAAAUUAGUUUCUAAUACUUAACCUAGACUUGCCAAUUGUAUUGGUUAUCAUUUGGGAUUGUCAUACAUUUUAUUAAUUUUGUUUUUUUGCUUCUAAAGACGUUCUUGAAGAGUGCAAAGCAGUUGAAAAAGGAGAUGAGAGGAAAAAUAGUACACUCUCGCUGUUAGCACAAGUUGACGUACUAACCGAUAUGAAAUUCGCACAAAUCAUCUCCUGUCAAGGAUUUAUCUUCUGGAGAUUCUCAUGCGCAAGACAUACAGAUUUGAUGAUAAGGAACUAAAGCAGUACUCUGGUCUUUUAGAGUAGAGGUCACCAAUGGAGGGGCUAAAGCAGUACCAUGGUCUUAGAGUAGAGGUCAUUAGUUCCUUACUUGGAAUGAGGGAUUAAAAGUAGCAAAACAUGGUCAUUGUAUGGUAUGGAUUUAUGGUUUAUGUAUCUAGCUACUCUGUUGAUGUAUGAAUCGUUCUUGAUGGAUUGUGAUGAUCAAUAAUUUUGCUUGAUCGAUUGUAAUUCAGGAGCAGAAAUAUGCCGGAAAAUGUGCCGGCGGUAACUUUCUUUUUAGCCUGAAAAUUAUUUUGCAACAGAUAUAGACGUGGGAAAAUUAUCCGGUGCA